AUGGCCUCCUCCGAUGGCGCUUCUUCGAUCACCGUGGCGGUACGCGUGAGGCCCUUCACUAUCCGGGAGGCGGCCCAGUUGUCUCGAACCGACGAUAGCCCUCUGUUCCUAGGUGAUGGCUCCUUGGCGGGCGUACCGACUCCCAAGCUGAAUCAGAAGGGCCUACGGUCUGUUAUCAAGGUCAUUGACGACAGAUGCCUGGUCUUUGAUCCCCCUGAAGAUAAUCCCGUCCAAAAGUUCUCUAAGAGCGUGGUCCCCAAUGGCAAACGCGUCAAGGACCAGACAUUCGCAUUCGAUCGGAUCUUUGAUCAGAAUGCCUCCCAAGGGGAAGUUUACGAAGCCACCACGCGGGGUCUUCUCGACAGUGUGCUCGACGGAUACAAUGCAACGGUCUUUGCUUACGGUGCGACUGGAUGUGGAAAGACACACACAAUCACGGGAACUGCGCAGCAACCUGGUAUCAUUUUCUUGACAAUGCAAGAGCUAUUCGAGAGGAUCGAAGAAAGAUCUGGUGACAAAUCCACAGAGAUCUCACUGUCAUACCUUGAGAUUUACAAUGAAACCAUCCGCGACUUGCUAGUUCCCGGCACAAGCAAGGGGGGUCUAAUGCUUCGCGAGGACGUGAAUCAGUCCGUCUCCGUGGCGGGGUUGUCGAGCCACCAUCCGCAGAACGUGGAGCAGGUCAUGGAAAUGAUCAUGCGCGGAAAUGAAUGUCGGACCAUGUCGCCCACUGCGGCCAAUGCGACAUCUUCACGAUCACACGCUGUCCUCCAAAUCAAUGUUGCACAAAAAGAUCGAAAUGCUGGCCAAAAUGAGCCUCACACCAUGGCGACCCUCAGCAUUAUUGAUCUGGCAGGCAGCGAACGAGCGAGUGCAACAAAGAACCGCGGCGAGCGCUUAUUUGAAGGUGCCAACAUCAAUAAGUCUUUGCUUGCCCUGGGAAGCUGCAUCAACGCUCUGUGUGAUCCUCGAAAGCGCAAUCACAUUCCGUAUCGAAACUCGAAGUUGACAAGACUUUUGAAAUUUGCGCUCGGGGGAAAUUGCAAAACAGUCAUGAUCGUCUGCGUCAGCCCUUCUAGUCAACACUUCGACGAGACGCAAAACACGUUGCGCUAUGCGAACCGAGCCAAGAACAUCCAGACAAAGGUUACUCGCAACGUCUUCAAUGUCAACCGACACGUCAAGGACUUCCUAGUCAAGAUCGACGAGCAGAUGAACUUGAUCAACGAGCUCAAGGCGCAGGCUAAGGACUCUGAAAAGGUCGCUUUUACCAAAUUCAAAAAGCAAACCGAAAAGAAGGAUAUUAUUGUCCGUGACGGCGUCACCAGAAUUCGCAGUGCCUACGAGCACAGUCUUCCUGAACGCCAGGAAAAGACCAAUAAUAUGCUCAAGCUACGUCAGAUCAGUCGCCGUAUUGGAACACUCUCUUCGUGGAUUGCGGCCUUCGACAGUGUGUGCGAAUCUCGGGCUGGUCAGGACGGGCUUUCCAAUCUUUAUGCCGUGAGAAAGUCCGCUCAAGGCAUUCUGCUCGAGCUUGAGAGCAGCCGGCACCAUUACAAUCAGCGAUUGUCCAAGAGUAGUUGGGAUCGAGGCAUGAUGUCCGCCGUUGAACAUGCGACGAAACAAUUGCGGGAGUGUGAUAUUAGCGACAACAGUGAUCUCGCCAAUCUAAACCGAGAAGCUGAGCUUCUCCGCUCCAACGCCGAGCGGGAGGCAUUGUCCGCCGUCAUUGAGCAGGAUAAAGCUGGUGAAGCGGCCGCGGUGCAAUCACUGCUUCAGGCCCAGUUCGAGCUGAUCGCUUCCAUCGAGGACAUUAUGCAGUUGAAUGCAGACGAGGCUUUGCAAAAGGGACGCGAACUUCUCUCAAAGAUGCUUGAAAACUGCCAGAAUGCGACUGCCAAUCUAGUGAAGCCGGAUGCGAAUCUGCCAUCGGUACCCUCGAUUAACCUGCAGAGCCCUUUCAAACCAGCGAGCCCCUCGAAGCCCAAGAAACGGUUCAGCUUGGUCGGCAUGCCCGCUCCGCGCCUUUCUCUAGUUCCCUCACUUCAGCUUGCCCCGGUGGCUCCUCCGUCGCCCACCAAAGGUUCUCCUCGGCGACGAAAGGUGACGGCUGGCCGCAAGAGCGUCAGCUUUACGCCCAAAAAGACGCAAGCGAAGACAUCCAAGCGAUCAGUACGCUGGAAGGACGACGAGGAAGAUGGUCCCCUGAUUGAGUACCAGCGGACUCCCCAGAAGCCCGCCCGCGAUUCCAUGCAGGGUCGCGGAUACGAAGCGGAGCACACCGAGCCAUCUCUCCCUCAAGGGGCACCUUCAAUCUCACGAACUAUUCCCCGCAUGGUCAGCCCUUCCUACAACCUUGCUCCUGUCCCGGGGACAGCUGAGCCGACUCUUCACAUCCCCAAAAAUGGCAACCGUUUCCAGGCCGGAUUUCUUUCUAAGAAGGCCGGUAGCUCCCCUCUCGGUCCUCCCCCUCGACCGGCCUUCUCUCCUCGGACGAGGCCAUCUCGGAUCGCUGUCCGGUCUCCCAGUGGCAACUUCUCCAGCAGCCCCAUGUCUGAAAGUCAGGACAGCUGGAAGGCAGACAAAGAUGAGGCGCAGAAGAUCACCUCCGCCAUGCGUCGGAUCUCCAGCAGCCACGCGGGCUCGACUUCUGGCAGUCAUUCGCUGCGCAUCCAUCGCCGUCGAAGCCCUACUUCCGCGACUUACAGCAGUUCUCCGAGCGAAAACAACCCGAGCGCGAUGACCACGAUGUUCACCGCCUCGCAAGCUCGUCGCAUGGUCAAGAGCGAGCGCGAAGGCGAGACUAAACCCAGCGUGUUGAGCCCCCACAAUCUGCCUGUGAUGAAGCAUACUGCGCGGCGAUCCAUUCUGGGAGGUGAUAUCCGCCCUCGCGGUGCCAGCUUGUCUACUCGAGACGCCCUUCGACUUAGCGCUGCUGCUGCACCCGCCAACGCACCUUCACCACCCAGCCAGGCAGGUAUGCGAUAA